AUGGGGACACUAAAGCAAAAGGGAAAAUCAGGAGCUGCAACGAACUAUAUAACUCGCAAUCAGGCUUUAAAGAAACUUCAAGUUACAUUAGCUGACUUUCGUCGCUUAUGCAUAUUAAAAGGCAUCUACCCGCGGGAACCGCGUUCGCGUAAAAAGGCCAACAACGGCAGCACCGCCCCAGCAACCUUUUACUACACGAAAGACAUCCAGUAUCUUCUUCAUGAACCAGUGUUGAAAAAGUUUAGAGAACAUAAGAUUUUCCUGAAGAAAUUAAGUAAAGCAUUAGGGAAAGGGCAAAUUAGCAUCGCAAAAGGGUUAGAAGAGAGAAAACCGGUUUAUAGACUGGAUCAUAUUAUUAAAGAGAGAUACCCGACAUUUACCGACGCCCUCCGCGACGUAGACGAUGCCCUUUGCAUGAUAUUCCUAUUCGCAACGUUUCCCCGCACCGAUAAAAUCCAGAUAUCAACCGUCUCAAACUGUCAGCGACUAUCUGCUGAGUUUCAGCAUUAUGUAAUACAUACGAGAAGUUUACGAAAGGUUUUCUUAUCGAUCAAAGGAAUUUACUAUCAAGCAGAGAUUAAAGGACAGACUGUUACGUGGAUCGUACCGUAUUUGUUCAGUCAGAGGGUCCCCGACGAUGUAGACUUCCGCGUGAUGUUAACUUUUCUUGAAUUCUACCAAACUCUCCUCGGCUUCGUCCUGUACAAACUUUACGCAGAUGAGAAUUUAAAAUACCCACCGAUUAUGGAGAUCGACAAAGAUGAAAGUGCUGCAGGGCUAGACGCAUUGUUGAUUGAGAGGGCAAGAAUUGAAGAAAAAGUAGAAGAGAGGAUGAAAGAUAGAACAGCUGGAGAUAUUGAGGAGAUUAUUGAAAACGGACAGAAUAAUGAAAAUAAGCAGAAACUAAAAUCUGAAGAAAGACUGAAGACUUUGCCAGAGAAAUUACAAAAAAUUCAAAACGACGAUACUCCUUCUCUCCCUCCGACUUUACCUUCGGAAGUACCCGAAGAAGAUUUUGCUGAUCCAACAUCUUCGACCCCACAGAUAACUUAUCUUUCUCUUUCGAAUUCUCUCUCUUCGCUAGCCACAUUCCAAAAUAUCUUCUCCUCUCUAAAAUUCUACCUCUCCCGAGAGGUACCCAGAUAUUCCCUUGAAUUUGUGAUAAAAUCAUUUGGAGGUGAAGUCGGGUGGGAUAGCAGUGUGGGUGCGGGGUCGGCGUUUGACGAGAAUGAUGAGACUAUUACACACCAAGUUGUGGAUAGGCCAAAUGUGGAAGAGAAAUAUGAGAACAGAGUUUAUAUACAACCACAGUGGGUGUACGAUUGUGUUAAUGCAAGGAGAUUAUUGAAGGUUGGCUUGUACAGAGUCGGAAGACGGCUACCACCGCAUCUGAGUCCGUUUGCAGAGAGUAGAGAGGGUGACUAUAUGCCAAAAAUUUCGUCGUCGUUAGAGGAAGACGAAUUAACACACCAAAAAGAACUUGAAGCUGAAGCAGCAGGUAUUUCCUAUUCCGCUUCCAAAUCAUCCAAACCAAAAUCCAUUGCGGGCACGAAACGACCUCGCGAAGAUGCAAAUUCUGAAGCUAAAGAGCUGGCUAAGAUCAUGAUGAAGACAUUAAAAAAAAUAGAUGACGAGUCGAAGGUGAAAUAG